UCAGAACCCAUUUUGCUUGACCCUACUCUCGAGAAACAAAUGUUCCUUUUGCCGGAGUAGCAGUUCCGUUGCCGGAGCUAGCAAAAGAGACAGUUAACCAUUUUCUGCUUCUUUUUUUUAAUCAAUGGAAAGCUUGCUACCGCUCGACACUGCGGUUCUGCUACAUCAAAACCAAAAACUCUCUCAAAAGCUAGAAGCUCAGAAGAUUGAGAUUGUGGUUCUUGAAGAAAAAAUCACUGAAUUGAGGGAUAAACAGAAGCCAUAUGAUAACACCCUAGCUGUUAUUCAGAAAUCAUGGGAAGAGUUGGUUGAUGAAUUGGAAGUAUGUUCCAUGCACACAAAGGAUCCGUUAAGACAUGGAAAUGCAAGUAAUCAUCAGUCUUAUGCAGAAGUAAAAGAAAGCAGCUCUGCUGUUAACUCUCAAACGGAAUAUGAACACAAGAAAAUGGAUGAUCAAAACAUCAUGAAAAUAUUCCGGAAUAUAGUAUCCACUGUAGAUGACAUUUGCCAAAUGAAGGACAAGUUGUGUGCUGCAGUUCUCGAGGUGCUUCCUGAAGAUGGAUCAUGCUUCCAAAAGUCAUCGAGUGAUUUGCAUAUAGGAGUUAAAAAUCUUAUACAGACGAUAAAUGAACUUCAUUUGAAGCAUCAAUCCCUGGCUGUUGCAUUGCAGAAUCAUAGAGAUACUGAUGCUAAGAAUAAAGCUGAGCUUAAGUGUUUAAGAGGUGAGUUGGAGAAAACCAUUGCACAUUUGGAUGAAAGUAACAGAAAAUUGGCAAUUCUAAAAGCAGAGAAAGAUGCUGCCAAGGGGGUCCUCUUCCCUGUCUUGAAUCUUGGAAAUAAGCACUCUGCUAAUGAUAAGGCGAGAGAUAAGCAGAGAGACAUGCAGGAUAUGGAGUCCGCACUUAAGGAGUAUUUGGACCAAUCCUCUUUCCGUUUGUUCGAACUCAAGCGUCUUCAUGAAGAAAGGAUAGACAUAUUGAAGCAGUUGUCUAACUUACAGAACAAACUAAAGAAUGUGAAAGCCAUAUGCUCUUCCCAACCAUAUGCCUUGGUUAAAGAUCAACUUGCGAAAGCUAAAGAAGAUGCAUCUCUGUAUCAGUCCUUAUAUGAGAAACUACAGGUGGAGAAAGACAAUCUUUCGUGGAGGGAAAAAGAAAUGACUUUGAAGAAUGAUAUAAUUGAUGUUUUUCGGCGAUCUUCCGCCAUAGCUGAUUCUAGAAUAGCCUGGCUAGAAAAGGAGAUGCAGAAACACAUGCAAGAAAGAAAUAUGAUUGAGGCCAAGCUGGAAGAAGCAUCAAGAGAACCUGGUAGGAAAGAAAUUAUUGCAGAAUUUAAAAAAUUGGUUUCUUCAUUCCCUGAAACAAUGGGCAAUAUGCAGAAUGAACUAAGUAACUAUAAGGAGACUACUUCAGAUGUUCAUUCACUACGAGCAGAUGUUCAGUCACUUUCCAGUAUUCUUGACCGGAAGUCAAAAGAGAUAGAAAUGUUGUCUGCCAAGUCAGCUUCCCAGGUGGCCGAAAUGCUGAAGUUGCAAGCUAUGGUUAAUGAUUUGAAAGAGAGUGAUAUGCAGUUAAAGCUCAUUUUGGAAAUGUAUAAGCGUGAAUCUGCUUUCUCAAGGGAUGUUUUUGAGGCUCGGGGUUCCGAGUACAGAGCUUGGGCCUGUGUUCAGAGUCUGAAGACUUCUCUUGAUGAACACAAUUUGGAAGUGAGAGUGAAAUCUGCUAUUGAAGCUGAGGCAAACUCCCAGCAGAAGCUAGCUGCUUCAGAAACUGAGAUUGCUGAGCUGAGACAGAAGUUGGAUGCUUCUAAAAGGCAACGGUCUAGACUCUCGGAAGUGUUGAAGUCCAAGAAUGAAGAAACCGAGGCCUACCUCUCUGAGAUUGAGACAAUUGGGCAGGCCUACGAUGAUAUGCAAGCUCAAAAUCAGCAGCUCUUCCAGCAAAUCACAGAGAGAGAUGAUUACAAUAUAAAGCUUGUUUUAGAGGGAAUACGGGCAAGACAACAGCGGGAUUGUUUGACCUGGGAAUGUCAAACCACAGAGCGAGCAGUUGAAGAUGCCAACACAAUGGCCAGUUCCUAUGAAUUGAAAGCUGCUAAAAUUGAUGACCAGUUGAGGGGAUGCUCAGACUUGGUCCAGAAACUUGCUGAAGAAAGGGCUCAGAAUUCUCUUGCUUUGGAGAACACCCAAAAACGGUUGUUAGAUGUAACAAAAUCUUCCCAGCAUUUGGGGGAGACGCUGGAAGAAUCGCAAUCCAAGAUCGAUACAAGUCGAGUUGAUCUUGCACAGAUGCAGAUAGAACUAGAGAAAGAAAGGUUUGAGAGAAAAAGAGCAGAGGAGGAUGUAGAAGCUCUGAGGAGAAAGACUUUACGUUUGAGAUCACACAUCGAAGGGUCAUCUGUUAUUGAGAAGCUUCAGCAGAAACUAAGGGAAUACAAGGAAAUACUCAAUUGUAGUAUUUGCUUUGAUAGGCGAAAAGAGGUUGUCCUUGCGAAAUGUUACCAUCUCUUUUGUAAUCCGUGUAUCCAAAAAAUUGUAGAGACUCGUCACCGCAAAUGCCCUGUCUGCUCUGCAAGUUUUGGAGCAAAUGAUGUGAAGGCUGUUUAUAUCUGAUCAGAAACAUGAGAUGUCACUGUUGUGAAGCAAGAUUGUCGUCCACUGAUGGUCUGGGCAUAUUUAUACAGGAAAUAACAUAAAAUAGAAAAAUUUGGUGGUGGUUGAAUGUUGUUGGUCUGCAGGGAUUUGCUGGUGCUAGUCCAAAGGUUAUUAAUUUUGUUAAUCUUUUGCUGGUACUUGUCCAAGGUUGUUGAUUUUGUUCAUUUAACUUGCCUUUAUUUUAAGUGGAUGCUAUUGUUGAUGACCA